AUGUCUCAAGAUUCAUUAAUUAUUGAUGAACCAGAUAAUAAUGAAAAACUUCAACAAAACUCUUCAAUAACAAUGGUUAAUUCGAGAAUGAAUAGUGCUCGGUCUGUUAAUAUAGAUGAACAUAUUAAAUUAGUAAAACAAAAAAAAGAAGAAGCUGAAGUAUUACGUUUACAACGAUUUCAAGAACAGAUGAGAAAAAAAGAACAAAAAUGGCAACAACAGCAUUUAGAAAAAGUAAAAAAGUGGUUAGAAUUACGUAAUCGUGAUACUGGUCAUCGGUCACAAGUUGAAGAAAGACGAAAAAAACGUGAAGAAGAAACUAAAGUUAAAAUUGAGGAAAUAUUACGUCGAGAAAAAGAACGGCAACAAAGAAGUCAUUCACAAAUAAAAGUCAAUUUAAGAGGAAAUGCUUCGCAUAGACCCGAUUCUGUUAUGAGUAUGUCUUCAGAUAUAGUUUCAACUCGACGAGCUACAUCAGCACCACGUAUACGUACAAAUCAACACGAUAUGGCAAAUCGACGAAGAUCAAACGAUUCUCCCAUCUCUACACUAUCUCAAGAUAAUGGUGAUAAUUCAACUAAAUACCUCUUGUUUUUUCUUUCUCCCUCUACACUUGUAGCUGUCACCAGUUCUCGUCAACUUAAUCCGAUUGAUGAACAUCGAUAUCAUCAUCGACCGCGUCAUUCAUAUGAUGCAACAAUGACAAAUGAAGAUAAUUCAUUGUCAGGUACACCUCGUACCGUGGCACAUAGUCGAACACGACCGAUGCCAACAUCAUAUACAUAUUGGUUAAAUACCGGUGAUAACAAUAAUAAUAUGAAUGCCAGUUUUAUGCGUUUAACAUAUGCGGCUACGUGUCGAUCACGUGUUAGUCGUAGUGUUGAACGAUGUCCUCGAGCUUGUAGAGUUCGAGAUGAUUUAACGAAUAAUACAACAACGACAAAUAGUGAAUCACAACGUCGAAUACAAAGUAUUAAUCGACAACAUUUAAAUGAAACUAUUCUUAGACUUUCGAAACCAAAAACUAUUUCAACAAGUCAAUCAAUUAAUAGUGGUACAACAGCAUCACCAUCAUCGACAAUAACAAAUGGUAUACCUUCAUCACAAUCGAGUCAUCAAUUUCGUGUAUCUACUCCACCUAUGACUACAAAUAAUUCUUCAACUUCAACAUCAAUUUCUUCGAAAACUCGAAGACCUAUUUAUUCUCGUCCAGCUACUGCGUCACCUCUUCAAAGUUCGUUAAAUAAUGAUUCUCGAGCAUCACCAACUGUUGAAUCAACAUCUGAACAUCAUCAAAUAUCAUCAUCAGUUAGACAAUCAUCACAUCGUACUGGCAGUCAUCCAAAACUUCCAAUACCACUUUCAUCAAAACCUCCAACAUCUUUAUCGUCUUCUCGUUCAAAACAACCUAUGCAACGUUCUCUAAUAACUCCAUCACAUUCAUCAUCUUCAAUUUCAUCUGCGACGACAGCAACAACAACAACAAAUAAAAAAAAUAUACGUCGUAUUGGUGGUGUACCACCAUCAAAACAAAAACCUAAAACAGAACCAAUCUCAUCUGUCGAAACAUCUAAUAAUGAAAUAUCAACCAAAGAUACUGAAACAAUAUCCAAAGAUACUGAAACAAUAUCGAAAGAUAUUGAAACAAUAUUUAAAGAUAUUGAAACAAUAUCCAAAGAUACUGAUGAAGAAAAUUUAUCAGUCAAUGAAGAUACUCAAGAAAAAGAAAAAGAAGAACCACAACAAAAAAUUUCUACUGAAAUUGAACCAACAACUUCUGUUAUUGAACCAAUUAAUAUUGAUACUGUUACUGAAAUAAUAAAUCCAACAACGACUUCAACUUCGAAACGUGAACAACAAAUUAUUGAAGAACAAGAAUAUCAACGUAAAUUAAAUCAAAAAAUUCGUGAAGCUCAACAACGUAUGGAACUUGAACGUCAACGUGAAGAAGAACGAAAACGUCAAUUAGAAUUAGAAGAAUAUGAACGUGAACAAGAACAAAUUCGUCUUGUUGAAGAACAACGUCUUGCUGAAAAAGAGCGUUUACAACGUGCUAUUGAAGAACGUGAACGUGAAAAUGAAUUAAAACGUCAAGAAGAACAACGUUUACAACAACAACGUGAAGAAUUAGAAAGAAAACAAGCUGAAGAAACUGAACGUCUCAAUCGUGAAAGACAAGAACGAGCAAAGAAAGAAGAAGAAGAAAGAAAUGAAAGAAAAAGACGUUUAGAUUUGAUUAUGAGACGUACAAGACAAGAUUCACCAAGUUUAAAACCGGAAAACAAUAUUAGUAAAACUAAUAUUGAUGAAACAAACGGACAUGAAAAACAACAAUCCCCAAUGACUCAUUCCAUAUCUGAUAAUCGUUUUCCAAUUUCAGUAUCAAAUGAUAAUUUUCUAAAUAAUAAUGAUCCAACAACACCUGAAUCAUCAAAAUUUAAAUCUCCAUUAAUACAAAGUCUCCUUAAUAAAGCUCGAAGUACAAAAUCAUCGGAUAAUCUUAUACAAUCGAAUAUGACAACAUCACAAAUAAUGAAUGAAAGUUUGAUUGAUGAAGAAACAGCAACAAUUCAAUCGACAACUCGAAGUGAUUUAUCAGACGAUGAUGAUGAUGAUGAUAAUGAUCAACAAGAUUCAGGAAUAAAUAAUACUACUAAUGGUCAUAGUGAUUCACCUUUAUCUUCUUCUACAAAUCUUAAUUCUUCUCAUGAUCGUCCACUUGAAACAGCAACUACUUUUGAAUAA